AUGUCCCUAAGGCAGUGGAAUGGGAAAUGGGGUUGUGGACAGCGAACUUUGGUGAGCCCGCCAAAACAGUCCCGAAUUUCAGGGGGCCACUCUGCAUUAGAGGGUGCUUGGCCUUGGCAGGUGAGCAUUCAGCAGAUGUUCUGGCAUAUUUGUGGUGGGUCCAUCAUCAGCCACCGAUGGGUAAUCACCGCAUCUCACUGCUUCAAGAAAAAAAGGCCAGGAAAAGAAGUGCAGUAUCGCACUGUCCAGAAAGUCAUCCUGCAUGAGAAGUACAACCAAUCCGAAUAUGACAACGAUGUGGCACUGUUGUAUCUGCACCACCCUUUCUAUUUCACAAAUUACGUGCAGCCGGUGUGCAUACUGGAAAAUCAAAUGCAUGAGAAACAACUCAACUUUGGGUUAUGUUACAUCACUGGAUGGGGCAGUUCAGUGUUAGAAGGAAAGUUAUACAACACUCUCCAGGAAGCUGAAGUUGAGCUCAUUGACACUCAAAUCUGCAACCAGAGAUGGUGGCAUAAUGGCCAUGUUAAUGACAACAUGAUCUGUGCAGGAUUUGAAACAGGGGGAGUCGACACCUGUCAGGGUGACAGCGGAGGCCCUCUGCAGUGUUACAGCCAAGACAAGGAGAGAUUUUACCUUUUUGGUGUGACAAGUCAUGGAGAUGGUUGUGCUUUGCCAAAGAAACCUGGCAUAUAUGCUCGUGCAAGUCGUUACACAGACUGGCUGAGAAAAGCUCAAGCAAUAUCUAUAUCUGCUGCUCCAGUCACAGAUCUGCCAGUUUUUAUUUUAAUCUUAACCCUGUUUUUCUCUGCAUGGAUGGGGCUGUCAAUGUGAGAUGUGCCAUCAGAAGAUCUCUAUGUGCUGCUUUUCAGUCCUUUCAAUGAAGCAUCUCUUAAAUGAUGGCUUGCCUUUAUUUAAUUGUUUAAUUAGUAGUAUCUGAAAUGUCUGGCAAUGUGACGUGAAUAUUGCAUUUUAUUGCCUGUUGCCAAAUUAUAAUUGCAAUUAAUUUUAUAAUGACAUUUACAUUUAUUAAUUUAGCAGAUGCUUUUAUCCAAUGCGAGUUACAGUGAGGAUA